CCCACACGAAGAACCAGCACGGCACUCAUCCAGAAACGGUGAAUACGGGGGGAAUUAACCUGGAUGGAAAGCUAUUCGCUGUGGGAUUAAUCACCAGAAGGUCGCGGGAGAGGACUGGACUUGUGUCGGGCUCGAGGCGGCGCCGAUAAAAUGCCCUCCGGACUCGGGGUGUUUUCGAUGAGGACGGUAUCUCGGAGUGUGAUGGCAGAAGUCCAGUGAAUCGCUGGCCUCCCCUCCUCUCUUGUGUUGGAUGUCUUGGGGAGUGCGCUGCCACUGCUUUCUGGUGCUUCACUGUUUUUCAGAGCUGUUAUCCUAACCCACACUCUUGAUCUGUUGUUUUUUAUGGAGUGCACACCACCAUGGACACAAGAGGGUUUGGAAUAGGAGUGGCUAGCUAAGUCGGGCAAAAUGUGGUUAAAUGGGACAGGAACGAGUAAACCGUGAGGAUUCUCUAACCCCUGCCCCUGAGUCCCAACCGUCUGAGAGGGUGUCGGACCUCACUGAGGCAAUCCUGGGCCGUUGGCACUAAAAUGUCCCUAAGUGGUGGCACUGCAGGCGGGAAAGGUGUGGACUCUAAUGCGGUGGACACUUAUGAUAGCGGCGAUGAGUGGGAUAUUGGUGUUGGAAAUCUGAUUAUUGACCUUGACGCGGACUUAGAGAAGGACAAACUUGAGAUGUCUGGCACCAAGGACGGCAUGGCGGCACCACCCAGUGCAGUGGCAGCGUUGCCCGACAACAUCAGGUUUGUUAGUCCAGUGUCUGGCUCUCAAGGCAAGGAAAGCAAAUCCAAAUACAAGCGCAGUAAGAACUCUAAAGACAAUAGUAGCAAAGCUUCAGCUGGAGAUGGGGGCAAAAAAGAAACCACAGGACGGACUCAAGGGGAGCCAACGGGCACAGCAGCGAGCGCAGGAGCUGCUGCCAACAAUUCCACCUCUGGGAAGAACAUGGAAAAAGGGGGCAAAGCCUCCAGAGGUGUUCUGGGUGGUAAAAAAGAGAAAGAAGGGGCUAGUGGGAAAAGUAAGAAGGACAAAACUGAUGGAGCCCCAGUUGUGGCAAUAGCUGCCGCGGAGAAGGAUGUUGUGUCUCAAGCCCAAGUUGCUUUGGGGAAUAGUCGUAAUGCGUCCUUUGAGAACACACAAUCAACAGACUUGGCAGAUGCCAAUCAAAUGGGGAAUAUUGCACUUGAACCUGUAGGGAUAGUACCAGCAUUGACCACAAAAACUGAACCAGAGGAGGUGGAAAAUGGUAACAGUGAAUGCAAGACGUUAAAGAAGGUGAAAAAUGAAAAGAUGGAAUCUCCUGUCUCCACGCCAGCUCCUCCGCCCCUCCACCUCCUGGCCACAGUAGGCAACAGUGAGAUUUCCUCGCCGUGUGAGCAGAUAAUGGUGCGCACACGCUCGGUGGCCGUCAACACAUCCGAUGUGGCCCUGGCUACCGAACCUGAGUGCUUGGGGCCCUGCGAGCCCGGUACAAGUGUCAAUCUCGAAGGCAUUGUGUGGCAGGAAACUGAAGACGGCAUGCUGGUGGUCAAUGUGACUUGGAGAAACAAGACAUAUGUGGGCACCCUGUUGGACUGUACACGGCAUGACUGGGCUCCCCCCAGGUUUUGUGAAUCCCCCACAAGUGAUCUAGAGAUGAGGAAUGGCCGUGGUCGAGGUAAACGAAUGAGACCGAAUAGCAACACCCCUCUCAACGAGAACAGCAACUCAUCAGACAAUAAGGGCACCACCAACAACAAGACGCGUGCUGCGUCUAACAGCAAGGGCCGAAGGGGCAGCCAGACACCAUCAGAACGCCGCACCCCACCUAACAGCAACACAGAGGACAUCAAGGCCAGUCCCUCCUCAGCUGGAAAACGCAAGACCAAACCAGCCUCGGACAUGGAACCCAAUUCCAGCUCAGAGGACACCAAAGGCAACAAACGCAUGCGGACAAACUCCAACAGUGGAGGGGUGGGACCAACAGGUCUCCCUAUUCCUUCUAUUAAGACUGAGCCACUUCCACCCCCCCUCGAUCGCAGCUGCCCCUCUCCAGUUCUUAUUGACUGCCCACACCCCAACUGCAACAAAAAGUACAAGCACAUCAACGGUCUCAAGUACCACCAAGCUCGUGCCCACAAUGAUGACGAUAUAAAAUUGGAAAUAGAUGGAGACAGUGAAUACGGAGAGGACUCGACCCUCCACCCUGAACCCGGGAACUGUAAUGGAGCAUCUAUCUCACAGAAAGGAUGCCUGUCUCCGGCUCGUUCAGUCACUCCAAAAGGGAGGAACUUUGAUGCUCAAAGUCCUUCCCCAUCUCCCGGCAAGUUUGGCUCAAAGCAGAGCAAAAAGAAAAUUGCCGAGACAGAUGCAGAGAUGGGAGGCACAGCGACGGAUGGGUGUGAAGAUGGGCCAUGCCUCACUGAUGAGGCCAGUAACGAUGGUAUAGAUGAUAAGAGAGGAUCGGACAAGUCUAAAAAGGCUGGCACGAAGGCUGAUAAAAUGGCCCAGAAAAACAUCAAGUCACCACGGCCCGUCGGCCCUGGCUCGACAGCAUCCCAGCAGAUGUACCCUUUUCCUCCUGGAAACCCAAAUUCUUCCCCAGGGCUAACCCCAAUGAUACAAGGAAUACCCAAGAGUCCCCAAAUGAAGGGCACACAGCCGAAACCCCCUGCCAUCGGAGAUCCUGCCUCAAGUGGCUCCAAAGACAAGAAGAAGAAAGACAAGAAAAAGAAGGAUGGCGGGAAGGAAGCUGACAGCCCCAAGCCUCCGGGAAAGGGAGGAAAACUGGAGGAAGGAAAGCUCCCAUACUCUGAACCUUCUGAUCAAGGAAAUAAGGGAGAAGGACUCCUUAAUGGUUCCUCAGAUCCUCAUCAGAGUCGCUUGGCCAGUAUCAAGGCUGAGGCAGACAAGAUUUACAGCUUUUCUGACAAUGCCCCGAGCCCUUCCAUCGGUGUAGCCAGUCGGAUAGAUGGCAGCGGCAUGCCACAGCCUCUCACGCCACUUCACGCGGUGAACCAGAAUGGUGCCGACAACUCUUCUGUCAAAACCAAUAGCCCAGCAUAUUCAGACAUUUCGGAUGCUGGUGAGGAUGGUGAAGGGAAACUAGAAGGCGUCAAAGUCAGGACAGAGGAACAAGGCGUCAGGGAAAGUGUCAAAAAGGCACUCUUUCCAAACCAGACACCCAGUAAGGAUUCCCCGUACUACCCUGGCUAUGAGUCGUAUUACUCACCCAAUUAUGUGAACCCCAGUCCCGGUGGGCCCAAUCCAGGAACACCAGUGGCCGAAGGUCAGGUUAAGAUCAAAAGGGAAGAGGACCAGGACCAAGGGGAGGAAAAAGUCAAGGUUGAGGUUCACGAAGAUCGCAAACCUGACACCAGUGCUCCUGGCCAGCAACAGCAGCUGCAGCAACCACAGCAGCAGCAGCAGCAGCAACCCUCAGUCAUCCAACAGCGAUCCAACAUGUACAUGCAACCUCUUUACUACAACCAGUACGCUUAUGUGCCCCCGUACGCAUACCAUCCCGAUCAAGCCUACCAUAACCACUUGAUGAACACCAACCCAGCCUACCGGCAACAGUACGAGGAGCGGCAGCGACAGAUGGCUGAACAGCAUCGCGCUGAGAAGAAGUCAGAUGUUGCCAUGAAAGAACGAGAGGCCUCCAUGAAGGAGGAGUGGAAACAAAAGAGCCCAAUGCCGCCAAGCCUCUCCAAAGCCCCAAGUCAGUCAGACCUUGGAAAGACGCCGCAGCCUCCAAGCAAAUCCAGGGACUCGCCCUCUGAGCCCACCUCCAAAUCCCUGGGAAGCAUCAAAGGGGAGGACCCAAAGUCCCAGCAAGCUGAGGGGCUAAAGAUGAAGCUUAAUGAAGGGGGGCACCAUGGAAAGGAUGACUCCAAGCAAGUGCUGGAGUCCAGAGGUCAGGCAGGGAUGGAGCAGGCCAUGUGGUACAGACAGCAGUACCCCGAGAGCCAGAAGCCCCAGGCAGAAGACGAACACCAGCAACAACAACCUCGAUGGAAAGAUGAAAGGGACAGAGAGCGGGAACGCGAUCGUAAAUUAAAGGAUGACAGGCCCAGGCCCAAGGACAGUCAAAGCGGGCCAAAGGAGGACGGCAAAGAGGGUAGUGACCCCAGAAUCACUUCUGAGGACCACCGGGCCAUGAGCAAAGACUCUCGUUCUAAUCCCCACAUGCAGUUCUCAUCACCACUAGCACAGCACCAAGGCUACAUGCCCUACAUGCAUGGUUACCCCUAUGGACAAGGCUACGACCCUAACCACCCUGGAUACAGAGGCAUGCCCUCAGUCAUGAUGCAGAAUUACCCAGGCUCAUACCUUCCCGGAGGCUAUCCGUUUUCUCCGUACGGCAGUAAAAUAGCCGGAGGAGGUGAGGAAGGCAGCGACAAAUCUCGCGCCAGCCCUACCGUCACCAAAACAGCAGCGGACUCCAAAGCCCUGGAUAUCCUGCAUCAGCACGCCAGCCAGUACAAGAGCAAAUCCCCGACAGUAGCUGACAAGCCACCCCAUGAGAGGGAGCGGGAGCAGGACAGAGGAGCCGGUGGAGACAGAGAGCGGGAAAGGGAACGCGAGAGGGAGAGAGAAAGAGACGUGGACCGACCACGCUCCUCGCCCUCCCAGCGCAUCAUGCCCUCUCACCACCACCUGGGAUACCCCCUGCUCUCAGGGCAAUACGACCUGUCCUACGCCACAGGUCUCUCCUCAUCAGCUAUUGUUGCCAGCCAACAAGCAGCAACCCCCUCCCUCUACCCACCACCACGGAGGUGAGAACGGGAAACCUGACCGUCACACCUCAACCCUGCAAAGAUUCAUGUGACUGGCUCACAUGAGAGGAGAAUCUCCCGCGUGUUACCUUUUAGACAUCAGUUGAAUGGUGUUUCUAUCUAUAUUUUUAGUUCUUCUGCCCCGAGGCUCGGCAGAUUGUCUUCUUCUUUUCUUUUUUUUGUCCUCCCCUCGUAAAUGAACUCCAAAAUUUUCCAAAUCUUGGACUGUAACAGGACUGAUAAUAACCCAGGUUCAAAGCCAUCACUCUGCCUCACCACGCAGAGGAAACACCAACCCGCUGAUUAUCUAGUCUUUGCACUGUCAACAAAUACAAUGCAAAAAGAGACUAUUGGACUGCCAGAACAGCUUUUUUUGUUGUUGUUGUCGUUGUUGUUUUCUUUCUUUGACUGCAUUGUUUUUUCGUCACGCAGAAAGAAAUUGGCAGGGGAUUUUGAUGAGCUGGGUGGCUGACGGGAAAGGGGAGUCAAACUAAAUUAAAAGACUGAAAAGAAAAUCAUAAUGAAAUGAUUUCAACUCUACGUCUUUGGCUUCUCGUAUGCCGCGAAACAACAGUAUAUCCUUAACUUGACAAAUGUUUGGCUAUAUUUCAUGGGGGAGAGGGAAUAUGGCAACAGCUGCUUUCUUCAGAGACUUGAGAGCCUGAGACUGAAGUUUUAUUCAUUUUUCCAUCAUCAUUGUCAAUUCCCAUCCUCUUUGAACCCUCAGCUCUUGUUUCAGGGAUGAUGUCGUCUUUUUUUUUUUUUUUUUUUUGCGAAGGGACCGCACACACCUCAACGGAGAAUAAACACUAUUCAUGUUUUCUUUUUCUCACUUCUGCUCCAUAUCAUUGUGUUCAUCCUUGAAUGUGUCUGAUGCUGGUAUGAGUCCUGUUUUUUCCUCGCAGUCAAAGGGUCACGUUUGUCGUUACUCUCAAAAACGGUGAAGCCACAUGAGCAAGCGACAGGUUUACGGGGCAUCUGUCAUCACUGCAUUUGGCCUCUUUGUUGGGAUUUUGGGGGGUUUUACUGUAAGACUGUGCUUCUUUCAGCUCGUCAGUUGUUUUGUGUAAACAAUGUGAAAUUUCACUCAUGUACUUUUCUGCUGUAAUAUAGACUUUUAUGUGCAUAAAUGUUUAUAUUUAUCCCAGCACGCAACUGUUUGAAAACUGUCACUGUUAUAUAGCUUUCAGCCUUCACAGCGCUCAACAUUAUGUGCUCAGAUCAUUAAUGUGCUGCUUCUUUGCUCCGGCUUUGGAUGUCUUGCUGCACUUUCCUGAAUUUUUUAUUCACUUGGCCUCGACUUUGUCAGCACGUCACAAGCUUUGUUCACAUCUCACGUCCAUCCCAACAUGCAGCAUGCAGUUAGACUGCUUCCAGACCUCUGAGUCACUCUCCAAAUCUUCUGUGUUUUUCAGUGACUCAACAAAAACUGACGGAUUAAAGGUCCAGUGUGGAGGAUUUAGGCGGAUAUAUUGGAGGAGAAUUGAAUAUAAUGACAGUUGUGUUUUUGUUUCCCUGAGAAUGAGUUGUUUAUAUUUUCACAGUGGGCCCGUGUCUACAGAGUUCGCUGUGCAUUGCUGUUUCUACAGUAGCUCAGAAUGGACAAACCAAACACUGGUUCUGGAUAUUCCCGUUGCUGCGUCUGCCACCAUAAGCAGCCUGUAGUGAACGGCAUCAGAGAAACGCUGUUUUGUAACAUGAAACCUGAACGUCUGCAUUUUGAGUUAUCGGAAGAAAAGGCCUCCAAACAUUUUCAUGGACAAAUAAUAAACAAAUAACAAAUACAUUUCAAAACUUUUCCUCGAUUUUUCAGGGACCAGCCUUUUUCAGAUAUAUCAAAUUCAGUCUCUCUUCACAUAAUUCAGGUAGCCGACAUACACGAGGGGAGAAAGUUAAGAAACUUGAUGGUAAAACAUCAGUGAAUAUUGGAGCAGAAAACAGAUUUGCUGUUAUGUUACAUCACGUUUCACUGCAUACAACAAAAGCCCGUGUUUUUUUCAAAACUUUAAAUGAUUUUUACUAAUUCCAUACUUUUUCCAGGCUUAGAAUAUGUGAUUGUGAAAUUCCAUAAAUUUCCCAGGUUUUCCCAUGACAGUGGGGACAAGCCGAACUGCAUCGGAACAACGUUGACUUUUUGUAACGUGAAACUGCUUCAUUCAGUGUUUUUGGCAGUUUUAAUCACCUUGUCUGUUUGUUCUGAACAGAAAGACCUCUGCGGAUAAUUCGGCUCCUGGUCGAAUCCUCCUGAACACAGAAGGAAUUCCAACUAGAAAUUCAAGUUUUGGCACACGGGAGAAGUUUCAGCGGGUUGCAGUCCCGCUAGAUGCCGCUAAAUCCUACACACUGCUCCUUUAAUUUAAUUUAAAAAAUUGUUAUCAGAAGGGCAAAAAAGAAUUUCUCUUGGUGCUUCGCUUGCUUGUGUGGCUUCACUGUAACACGCAUCCAUCUCGGACAGUAUGCAUCUUACACAACCAGCUAGUUCUGGAUCAACUUGGCCAACGAAUCUGAUACAAACUUCUUUCUUUUAGUUGCUGCCUGUGCUGGUAGGUCAACAUACUGACACAGAAAAUGCGUGAAUUCACCCGCGAAAAAGCAGCUGUUACAAACAGGAGCCGAUCAGAUGCAGACGAUGAAUGAAGAAGAAGGGUGAGCCAGUGAAAAGCUCGGAGCAGCACUAAAUUAAAUCUACACAAAAAGCAACAGUCAUGGCGGCCUGUUCUGCCAGAGGACCCUCUUAGGCUUUAAAUUACAGUUCUCUCAUACCUCAGGGGUUGUAAGUGAAAUUCUAUCCAGAUGCGAUUUGCAUUGAUUUGAGGGCUCCUGUUUAUGGUUGUGGAGGGAGAAAAAAAAGCACAUUUUCUGCUCUGAGCUGGAUGUAGUGGUUUCAUUCAUAAAUAAAUGACAAAUAAAUGAAUGAAAAAUUGGCUCCGGAGAGGGACUUAUUAAAGGUUUGUGGUUUGUUAACAGUCUUUACGUUCCUCCGAAUUUUGACCAUGUUGUCAUUAAAUUUGUUUCAUUGAUUUUUACUCUUUUAAUGUCCCCAUUGUUGUUGUUUUUAUCCCCUCAUUAAAUACUGUAUGUGAUCCACCAGUUGAUCUAAUCUCAAGUUGGAUGUUUGUUAUGAAACUGCAGCUCUUCAUUUUCGGACAUUCCCAGUCAAUAUGUUGCCAGUUUCUCGUCCCACAGAAGAUGUUUUUGACUUUUUUGCGCAUUUUAAAGAAGAAUGGCUGACAUGAAAAAGCUGAAUGUGGUGGUGUUUGUACUUAAUCUGUAAGGGUAAUCUAGGCAGCUGUGAUGUUGUCAUUAAAAGUCGGUGGGUUUUAGUACCAGCAGACUGCAUACAGUACAUAUAGUUUUAUCAUACAUUGGUUGUGACAAGUGCAUUUGUUCUCUCUCUGAGAGUAGUAAUGUUAUCUCAGUAGUAAGCGAAGCCCAGUGAAAAUCAUAUAUACUGAAGUGUAUGAAAAGCCAGAAAAGUAAUGUUUGCUAUCAACAUAUUGGAAAGUGCUUGGCUCUUGUAUUUUGCAGGACUGUAUUUGUUUCAUGGUGAAGAGUAUAUUUAUUGGCCAGCAGUUGUCUCAAUUGGUGCCUAGUUGAACAUUCUUCUGUGAAAACACGGAGACACUUGCUCGUUUGUCCUUUUCCCGACCCGCCUACUGUCACACAAAACUCCCCCCCACCCCCACCCCCCUCCCUACACCCACUCCCCCCGCCCCCGCCCCCCCUCCUCCACCCAGAGUACCAGUUUCUGGUGCUUGCAAGGAUGUUUACAAUGUCUUCAUUUUCUUUCUGUGUGAGAAAUUCAGAACUCUUCACCCUCUCCUCCUUUUCUCCCUCCCUUCAGGAGUUUGUGUAAAGUGUACAUUAUCAUGGUUCUUUUUUAUACAAUACUCUGUAACUUGCCUUUGUAAAUUUGGGCUGAAAAAAAAAAUAAAUCUUUUUAUGAGA